AUGUCGGGGUGCUCCAUGCCCCAUCUUCCUCCUCCUCCGCCAGCCCUUCCACCUUCAACUGGAGCAAGCCAAAACUCAUCAGAAAAGAAGAAGUUGUAUCAGACAAUCGGAAGCAACAGAAGCCCAGUGGAAGGAGACUACACGGAGCCGCUCCUGAUCAUCCGCCAUCGGGAGAGCAGUUUCAGCCGAGCGCUCCACUGGACUCUGGUAAAUACAUACGUGCCUUCCCUCAUCCAAGAUGGCCCACAGUGUGGCCUGGUGGCCUUGUGGAUGGCUGCUCAUCUGCUGCGACCAUCCAUCGACAUGGGUGCCAUCUUUCAGGCUGCUCUUGCUAGGGGCUUCACAGCACAGGGUGAAAUGUUCUCAGCGAGAAACAUGGCGUUGCUGGCCGAGGAAGUGUGCGGAUGCAAAGCGGAGCUUCUGUCAGGACGUUUGAGUGGCCGCAAUGCCACCAGGAUCAUCAAACACUUGUGGAACCGACAGCCUGUUCUCAUCCCAUAUGAUGAAGACUACAACCAUGAGCCAUGCCAACGUAGUGGACACAAAGCACACUGGGCUGUUGCGUCGGGUGUUCUUCUGGGUAUGGACCAGGGUGACCCGGGCACAGAUAUCACCCAACCCGACCCCACUCUGCCAUGGAUUCACCUGCUCCAAGAUUUUAGCUCACCUUCAACAUGUCCCUCUGCAGACAACUCUCAUCUCAAAGAGGUUUAUAUCUUGGCAAAGCAGGGGAAGAGUUUACGCUACCAGUUGUGGAACCUGGACGAUGUCAUCCGUAGCAACGAGCAGCUCAGGGCGUUGGACCCGCAGAGAUGCGGGGAUGGAACAAUGUAUGUGCUUCCUCAAGGAGGGGUGGAAGCUGGGCUGGCUGGACAGGCUGUUUUGCUGCAUGUAAGGACACUGUGUGAUAGUAAAGCACAUAAAAUGGACUUGAAUUCUCUGCAAUGA